AUGGCUGCCUCUUCACCUAAUCCUGUCGUAACCGCAAUUCAAAAUUCAGUCGUUACUUUCUAUGACGCUCUAGUCGUACCGUUAAUAAACGCAUUCUAUGAAAAGAGGUCUAUAGAUUUAACUUAUGGUCGUGCUUCUCUUCCUUUCUCUCCAACAGAACAAAAAUUACGUCAAGAACCAUACAUUUGCACCGACUAUUCCAUUCCAUUUCCUUUCAAAGGUGCAUUUGACCGAUUCAUAUAUUAUCAAACUUGGUCUUUGUCAUGUGUCAAACAACGUAAUACCGAUUUUGUUUGGGUUCAUGGUUUAAAUGACUAUGGUGGCCGAUUUUCAGAGAACUGCAUUCCAAUACUGGAACAAGGAUUUCGUGUCAUUGCUAUAGACUUGCCAAGCUUUGGAAGGUCGAGUGGUUUACAUGCUUGCAUUAAUGAUUGGGAAGAAUUAAUAGAAGCGGUUCGCGUGGUAAUUGCUCAUGUCAAGGAACAAAACGCAAGUAAUACAACUUUUAACAAAGAAAGAAAAAGAAAAGUGAUAUUAGGAGGUGGAUCUUUGGGUGGAUUUGUCACGAUUUCUUAUGCGAUCAAGUAUCCUACGGAUAUUGAUGCUUUUAGUGUGUUGUGUCCGUUAGUUUACGUGGCUGGUUCUAGUCGUCCUCUUAAGGUUAUCGAGUAUAUCGCUAAAGCCAUUGUUUCGUCACCACUUGGCACGUUACCAUUAGCUCCUGCAAAUCGUGGGAAAGGUCAUUGGGAUCCAGCUAAAGAGGAAGCAUUUCUUUCGGAUCCUCAAACAUAUCAUGGGAAUAUGAGAGCUUGUACAGGCCUAUCGUUAUUGUAUGGCAUCACGUGGCUUCAACCAAGACUUGGCCUUGUUAAAAGACCAUUUCUGACACAACACGGACUUAGUGAUCGUGUAUGUCAGGAUAGAUCCUCGCGGGAUUUAUUUGCCCAAGCUCAAACACAAGACGAACAUAAAACCAUAAUACUGUAUGAGAAUUGCGAACAUGAUAUGUUGCGUGAACAUUGUUCACAAAAGGUCAUGCAAGAUUUAAUUGAAUGGAUGAUCAAAUUUGACAAAUCUUCAGAAUCAAUAUGA